UUUUUUAAAACCAAUAUAGUUUUUUAUGAUUUAAUUAUUUGAAUGCGAAAUGGGUGUCACCGGACUAUGGAAACUCAUUGAGCCAUGUGGAAAACCAGUGCCAGUGGAAACCUUGGAGGGUAAAGUGCUGGCCGUUGAUAUCUCCAUAUGGUUGCAUCAGGUGGUAAAAGGUUUCCAGGACAGCAAAGGUUCUGCACUGAAUAAUGCGCACCUUUUGGGCCUCUUUCACCGCCUGUGCAAGUUGCUCUAUUAUCGUGUGCGUCCCGUUUUCAUAUUCGAUGGAUGUGUGCCGCAGUUAAAGCGCGAUACAAUUGCUCGACGUCAGCAGCAGCGUAACAAGCUGAGCAACGAGGCUGAUCGCAUUCAGGCUCUUUUGCUUCAAUCCCUUGCCAAGGAGAAGGUGGUUCAACAGGCCCUAGGGACAAAUGCGGAGCUGCUGCUCAAAUCACCCUCAAAGCGGGGAGCAGCUGCAAAGGCCAACAAGAAUGAUGAGGACGAUCUCUUCAAAUUGCCCGAGCUGCCGGCUUCAUCUGCCUCCCAGUUUAAUGAGCCCGACAGCGAGCUGGAUGAUCAGGACUAUGCGAGCACGAGCGCUACGUCGGACAGUUCCUUUGAUGAGUCUACAGCGCGCCAUACAUAUAAUGCCAGCUUGCAGGCAAUCGAUGUGCGUAGUCAGCAUUUUAAGAACUUGCCAGCGGAUGUGCGACACGAAAUACUUACCGACAUUAAAGAGACGCGCAAGCAAUCCUCCUGGGGUCGCCUUCAUGAGCUGCCAGCACGUAGCGAUGACUUUUGCUCCUUUCAAAUGAAGCGUUUGCUCAAGCGUCGCGCCGUUCAGGAAAGUCUUGAAGAAGCUGUCCAAGAAAUGGGCGGACAUACACUCACCUAUGCAGAGCUCUCCGAGUUUUUCAGCGAAGAAGGCAUCGUAACGCCCACUGCCAUAGAAGAGAGUACACGGCAAAUAAGCUCCGAUGAACAUACCCGAUUCCUUCUAGUACGAGACCUUAAAAAGAAAGCUCUGGAAGAUAGCCAAAAGGCAGUGAAGAUUAAAUGCGAGACCAUUAAGGAAGAAGAAGUCGAUCAAUCGGCUGAUGAGCAGCCAAGCACCUCAGAAAAGAUUGUAAAGUCACCUGUGCCAAGCGACGAGCAACAGAAAAAUAUGGGUGCAGAAUAUGAUUCCGAUUUAGCCAUGGCAUUAGCACUAUCGCUGGAGCAAUCCGGCAAGGUCUAUGACGAAAAGGAUUACGAUUAUGAGUCGGAUCAGGACUUGCGCCUAAAUCGUGAGCAAAGCAAACAACUGCGACAUGCGGCCAAGGGACCAGCACGUACGUAUAUGAUUGAAUACGGAGGCAUGAACGAUGAGGAGGUCGAGAAUAUAAUGGAAGCAACGCAACUAAACGAUACACAGAGCUUGGAGAAAUUUUUGAAUACCACAAAUGUGAAUGAUAAGACAUCAGGGGAUGAUAUCACCAAUAAUUCAAUUGAGGAAGCCAAACAACUCUCAUUGGCCAUUGAGGAAAGUAAGAAAACCCUUGCCCAGGAUCUUGCCAAAUCGAAACAGAUUCAAGCAAUAGACAGCGAUAAUGACUCGGACUUGGAGGAGGUUGUUGAUCAAAAAACAACGUCUACCAAAAAAAGUUUAGAAAUUCAUGUCGACAUUAAAUAUAAGUUAAAUGAGGAUGAUGAUCUAUUUGCGGAUAUUUUUGAAAUUGAAGCCAAGUUAAAUAUCAGUCCAGAAAAAAAAGUAACAGAAGCUUGCGAUAAAAUUGAGAAGGUAAAGGAUGGCCAUAAUAUGGCAACGUUGCCAAAAGAGAUGGAAGAGCCAAAUAAGUCGAAAGAAGGGAAAGAAAACACGGGGACAAAAUAUGAAGCUAUUUUGAUAACAGACAGCGAAAAUAAAGCAGACUCUGAUGGUGAUGAUUUAUGUGAAGUAAAAGAAACAGAGUCAGAAUUGAAAGUAACAACACUAAAUGUUAAGACCACUGUCCCACUCGAUUCUAUACUCGAUGAUCUUAAAAAGCAAACAGAAGAAGUCAAAAAUAUAAAAUUAAACAUCUCCAAUGAAGAGGAAAAGUCGCCAGUCGCCUUCAACUCUAUACUUAAUGAGUUGAAAAGGCAAACGGAUGAAGUAAAAAACAUUAAAUUGGAAUCAAUUAAAUUAAGCAGUAGCACAGUCAUAGAAUUAUCGUCCGAUGAUGAAGCCUCUAAAGCCAAUGCACCAACUGGAUCCAAAGAUGUCAUUGAGCUGUGUGACAGUGAAAAUGAGAAUGAAAAGCGUCGCACAUCGCCAAAUAAAACACCAAGUAAAAGCAAAGCAAUAACAGAUUAUUUUGAGACUAGCUAUAAGAUAAUACGCACACCUGAUAAGCCGUCAGAGGCACAAGUUACACCGCCCACAACUCCGAAGGUGCCGAAGCCGUACUUUGUGAAGCGCACACCAAAAUCAGGACGGAAACGAGCUGGAGAUGAACUUAGUGAUGGCAGUGAAGGCAUCUCACCCAACAAAAAGUCUAGCAAAGCGGCAAAGUCGCUUUUCGAGGACAAGGAGCCGGAAAAGGCAGAAACAGUAAAUACAGAGGAUCUCAUCCAAGACGCAGCGGAUGCUUUGAAAUCGCAAAAAACAGCUGAGGAACUGCAAACAAUGGCCAGCAAUCUGGCACAAGAACGUCGUGAUUUGGAAGUGGAGCGCAAUCGUCAGGAUCGCAUGGGCAUGUCCAUUAGUCAACGCAUGAGCAACGAUUGCCAGGAGCUGUUGCGUCUCUUUGGCAUACCCUACAUUGUGGCACCCAUGGAGGCGGAAGCACAAUGCGCCUUUCUCAAUGCCGUCGAGCUCACCAAUGGCACCAUAACGGACGAUAGUGAUAUCUGGCUAUUUGGCGGUCGAACUGUAUAUAAGAAUUUCUUUGCACAAAACAAGCAUGUUUUGGAAUUCCGAGCUGAGCAAAUUGAGCAGACAUUCAAUUGUAAUCGCGGCAAGCUUAUUCAACUGGCUUGCUUAGUGGGCAGUGAUUAUACCACAGGUAUACACGGAAUUGGCGCUGUAACUGCUCUUGAAAUACUGGCCUCCUUUUCGACUUCUAAUCAGCUGGAAGCGUCCUCCUCCGCCGGCUCGAUGCAGUCUGUGCUGUCCACUUUGGUCAAGUUUCGAGACUGGUGGCAGGCGCAUAAGAACUCCAAUUUGCCAAUAGGCAGCUCAGCACGCUUGUCGCUGCGCAAGAAACUCAAGAACAUUGAGCUGCACGAGGGUUUUCCAAGCACGUCCGUUGUGGAGGCGUAUUUAACACCCAAAGUGGAUGAUAAUCGCGAUGCUUUCAGCUGGGGUUCCCCUGAUGUUGAAUCUAUACGUGAAUUCGCGCGUAAGUCCUUUGGCUGGACCACAUCGAAAACUGAUGACAUUCUAAUGCCGGUCAUGAAGAAAAUCAACGAAAAGAAAAUUCAAGGCUCCAUACGCAACUAUUUUACUGCCAAGAGUGCAGUUCGAGUUCAACAACCACAGGUCAGUAAGCGUGUUCAAACGGCCAUUGAUAAGAUGUCUGGCAAGAUUGAUCUUGAGACGCCAGAGAAACCGAAACGUGCGCCACGUCGAGUACGCAAUAAAACAGCAGUAAACACUGAAUCGCAGGACGAUGAAGCUGCUGAUAAUAAUCCCAAUCCCAAUCCAAUACCAGCGCGUCCAAAACGUGCAAAGCGAAAAUCCGCAGAAGCAACAAAUGUAGCUUCGCCUGAAAAGGCUUCCACAUCCAACGCUACCUCAAAGCCAGCAAAAUGUGCACGCAUACCGAAUACCAAGGAAGUCAUACCACAAAGGGAGCGUGAUUUGGAGCAAAUGCGUCAGAACAAGGCCAAGGCAGCAGAGGUUCUGAAAGCAAGCUCCAAGGCUGCUUCCAAAAAAACAUAAAUACAUAAUUAUGUAUAUGUUAAUUUAUCUUUUUGUAAAUACGCAUGUCAAUCUAAUAAAGCUCAUAUAAUAUAGUAA